AUGGGUUAUAGAAUUUCCAAAAAAAAUUUUCAAUUGAUUUUUAUUUUAUUACAGGUUUCCAGUUUUCAUUUACCAUUUUUUUUUUUCACACUCAAAUUAUCUUCAUCUAUGUAUGUCUUUAUGUAUAUAUGUAAAUAUUUAAAAAAACAAACUUCAACAGAUUUACUUAGUUAUUUUCCAAGUGGUUUUAGAAUUCAAACUGGUUUCAAUUGCAACCUGGUAAACACAAGUCAAAAAUAUUAUCGCACUUUUUUCAAAAUGUGUUGCAAAAUUGGAGAUAAUUACAUCCAAGUGAAAGCCAGCCCAUCUUUUAAUAGUAUGUAA